AUGGACCGUGAGCAGGACCCGCUCAAAAUUCCCGAAAUUCUCGGUGCCAUAUUUGACGCCGACAUCCCGGGGCGCUACCCCAUGCUUGCUUCGGCGUGCCUCGUCAACAAGCUUUGGCGCGCCCUCGCUCGGGAGCGUCUAUAUGCGAAGAUCGAUCUGUCGGUCGUGCUCAGACUCCUGCCCGAAGAUGCAUGGUACAUUUACGAUGACCCGGGAGACGGAGGUGACCUGCAACCGACACAGGAUGAUCUGAACCGGCACCAUGUCACCAAGAACGAAGGCUUGAGGCACCCAACGCUGACACUGCGCCGCGCGAUCACGCAACAUGAUUGGGCUACUCUAUCUCAUCUCACAGAGCACGUUCACGAGAUCGUAACCAUUGGCGAUUAUACGGUUACGGAAGAUAACCAGGGUGUCUACGAAGUCUCUGAAUGGGGCCAACUCGCUCUAAAUCAGCCCGUCGUCUACGGCACACUCGCCGCAUGCCUACCCUACUUCUGUCUUUUCCCUCGCCUCCACACCCUCUAUGUCACGUCCUUCGGGGGAUUCCCGGGCGUGCUCCGUCUUUUCUUCUCUCCAGAGCUUCGCGCCGUCCAUCUGGAGGCAGCGAUGUACGACUUUGACGCUGCGAUCUGCAUCAGCGCUUUCGUUGACGAGAGGACCGGCAUCUGCCCGGUCCAGUACAUGACUCUGAAUCAUAAGCUCGACAGCUCGCCAUCUGGUACUCUGGCCCUCGCAGAGAAGUUGCUCGCAUGCACGACUCUUCGCGAGCUCGCGAUCGACUACAUUGACCCUCUGCUAUGGCCAAGCAUCGCUCUUCUGCCAUCUUUGCAGAAGCUGGAAAUAAAAUGGAGUCCUAGAGUCAUUUUCGGCCGUAGGGAUCGCGAAAGCGACGAGCCUGAAUUCGAGGACUAUGAGGGUGCAGACGAGCCCAACGAUGCUGACGUCCUUCCCUCCCGGAACGAAAUUAGAGGGACGGCUUUCCCGGCGCUCAAAACUCUUAUCUUCGCGUCCGAGGAAGCUUGCUCGCUCACUGGCGUUCAGUUGCGCACCAUUCUCGAGAUGCGUGAUGCACCAUGGGCAUUGGAGAAACUCGACAUUCCUUUCGGGACGCUUGAUAUGAACUUCAAGUACUCCGCCCGCACCAUUUUCCGCUAUCUUCGAGAUCACAUCCAGGCCGAUACGCUUACUCACCUCACGCUGGGCACCCUUCGGGAGUGGCGCCGCGCGUCCAUGGGCUACAAUCCCCUUUCAGGCAUUUCAGAGCUUUUUGGGUUCUCCCAGCUCACCGUACUUCGCCUGUUUUGCUUCUUCCAUCCGCCACAGAGCUUCGAACCCCUCGAUGCGGCCGAGACGCAGGACAUUGCACGCAGCUUCCCCCGCCUGCGCGAACUCCAACUCGCGAUGCCCAUCCUUCCCAGCGAGAUUGGGGUAUUUGCGCUGCACUGUCGGGAGCUGCAGACGCUCGCGCUCUGCCCAUCCGCAAUCGACCCCGACACCGACCUUUCCGAGCUUGUUUGGCAAGAGGUGGCGCCAGCGCAUACAGGGCCUGCGCUGCGGCGCUUUGGGAUUUGCACAGAGCAGAUGUCGAGGCCGGAUAGAGAUUGGAUAUAUCUGCGCUUGUACGCGCGCAGCGUGUACCCGAAUGCAAUGAUUCGACAGGUGCCAGAGCUCCUCUCCAUCGUUCUCGACUUCGUCGUUGAAGACGGCUACGACCACGGCAUCCGAUCUGCGUGCUAUGUCGCCAGAUGUUGGCGCAGCAUUGCCGAAGAGCGUCUUUGGGCGCAAGUCGAUCUGUCGAUCGUGCUCAGGAAGCUGCCGGACGAUGCAUGGUACAUCUACGAUACUCUACGUCGCGUGAUCUCGCAAGCUGACUGGGCCGCCAUCCUCCCUAAAACAGGGCUCGUCCGCACUAUGCAGACUGUAGGCGGUCCCUCUGGCCCCGCAGAGCUCCUUUCCAAGUGGGGCCGCCUCGCCCUCGCGCCCGUGGUCUACGACAUGCUGGCUGCCAGCAUUCCGAACAUCUGCCUGUUCCCUCAUCUCCACUCGCUUUCCGUCCGUGCCUUUGGCAGGCAUCCAAACGCGCUGCGUCUCUUCCUCUCUCCCCAGCUCCACCUGGUGCAGGUGGAAGCGCAGGUCCAGGCGAGCGCAGCGGCUGCCAGCAUCGCGGCUUUGAUCGACCCGACGACCGGUGUCUCCCCGGUCCAGGAGAUGAUGCUGAACCACAGAUAUGGGAGCUCGGACGCCAACUUGGCCGUCCUCGCGGUCAAUCUUUCGGCGUGCACGGCUCUUCGCCGCCUCACGAUCGAGUACAUGGACCCCCUCCUUUGGCCGAGUGUCGCUCUCUUGCCGUCUUUAGAGGAGCUGACCAUGCGGUGGAGGCCGGAGGUGACCUUUGGCUACGAUGUCGACAUCGAAGAUGGCGUUUACGACUCCGACGACUUCGACGGGGAAGAUCCAAUGGACGAUGCCCAAGUCCUCCCCUCUCGUGACCAGAUCAAUGGAACGGCCUUCCCGGCGCUCAAAAGUCUGGUCUUUCCAUCCCAAACUUGGGGGACGUUCACAUUCACCCAAUUUCGUACUAUAUUGGAGAUGCGCGACGAGCCAUGGGCACUCGAGAAGCUGGUCAUUCCAGAUGAAUCGCUUCGUCUCCGUCUCAAAUACUCCGCGCGAACACUUUUCUGCUACAUCCAGCGUCACAUUCGCGCAGAUACGCUGACUCACCUCUCUUUGAGCAGCAUGUGGGAGUGGCGUCAGGGCGGGCGAGGCAACCAGUACGACUACUUGUCCUGCAUCUCAGAGCUCUUUGGAUUUUCCCAGCUCACUGUCCUUCACUUGCGUUGCUUCUACUGGGAAUCCGAACCGGGCGAGUUCAAACCUCUUUCUGUGGCCCAAACGCGCGAGCUUGCUCGCAGCUUUCCGCGCCUGCGCGAUCUUCUGCUUGCGUUUCCCUUCCGACCGACCGAGAUUGGGGUAUUUGCGCAGUAUUGCCCCGACCUGCGCGAGCUCAGGCUCAACGUCCAAUUCUACUCAGAGGAUGCUGAGGAGAUGGAUGCGGACCUGGAGGACCUUUUGGAGCAGCUCCUUCCCCCAGCUCAUCAAGGUGUCGCCCUCGAAUGCCUGGAACUUGGCACGGAGGAAGUUCAAUACGAUGACGAUCGGGAGGAACUCCUCGAGUUUGCGCAGCAAGUGUACCCAAAUGCGACGAUUCGAGAGGUUAGACGCGCGGAAGAUUUAGGCCGCUAG